GAGACACACAGAGAGAGGGAAAGACCAGGAGAGACUGCUGCCACACUGCCUGUUUGGACUACUCAUCUUGAAUCCUGAUUUCUUAACUUUACCUCCACUUGUGACAAGGACAUCUGGACUUUGAGGAACUUUGCUUCUAAUUUCCACAUUGAUGAGUCAAGAGUGGAAAAUUUGAAGAGAUGCAAGCAGAAAAAAGAAAUUAAACCAGUGAAAAGAGGAGUAACUACUUUUGGCAGAAGACAUCGGUGCCUCACCUCCGCCCUCCUGUCUCCACAGGCCUGAGAGCGAUGCGACAGGCGUGAUGGAGGUCGAGUCCUCCUACUCGGACUUCAUCUCCUGUGACCGAACAGGCCGUCGGAACGCGGUCCCUGACAUCCAGGGCGACUCAGAGGCCGUGAGUGUGCGGAAGCUGGCUGGAGACAUGGGCGAGCUGGCCCUUGAGGGGGCAGAAGGACAGGCAGAGGCAAGCACCACGAACAAGGAAGCCAGCAACCAGCCUGAGAGCAGCAGUGGGGCCACCUCCUCUUGAGUCUGCCUUUGUCCUGGAGGCCGGAAGAGAGACCUGCUGCCCCCUCCCAAAAUGGGAACCUGGGCACAAGCCCAGCAGCCUCCUUUCUGAGCCCAUGUCGCAAGCCAGAGUGAGAGGCCUCUGUGGCCUCUAACCUGGGAAGCCCUCUGCCCACACCCACAGGCUCCACGUUCCCACUGCCUUCUCUCCGCGCCCAAGACACUGUAAGCACGGGAUAGUAUUUAUUCAGCUGGCACAGGGCUCGGGCUAGGGCCUGCCUACCAGGUGAACAGCCCACAAGGGGACACCACUCUGCAGGCCACCUGCACAGGGACUAUGUCCCAGCACCGACCCUCCUUUCCAUCCCCAGCCUUCCAGGUCAAGACCUUAUGACCCCUUUUUUUAAAAAACACUUUUAAACUUUUUAAAAACUUUAAACCUUUUUUUCAGCAUACAGGGUGGGAACUGAUAAUUCACUUUUGGGUUUUUUGUUUUGUUUUGUUUUUUAGGAAAGCCAUUUUAAGCUCAACUCUGACCAUCUAUGCAGCUCUGAGGUUCCCUCAUGGAGCUUCACAGACCCAUUUGUAGGGAAGGAAUUUGGGCCCAAAACUAGCAGUGACCCUUUGCCCUUUCUACCAAAAUAAGUGACUUAGCCCCUAGGAAAUAAAUGCUGGUGAUUUGUGUGACUGGUUUAA